CUUCACCCAGGAUGCACUCGCAGUUUCUCUGACUUCACUUUCUCUGGAUCUUUGGACUUGACAUCGUCAAGGGGAAUCAAAGACAAUUUUCUGCCUCAAUUCACCAUGCAUACAUGGAAAAGGCCAUUUUGUUCUAAUAGUGGUGAUCUGGUUGAUGCUGUUGUUCCUUUUAUGGGGGAAUCAAUAUCCGAUGGCACAUUGGCAACGUUCUUGAAGAAACCUGGUGACAGAGUAGAAGUUGAUGAGCCUAUUGCUCAGAUUGAAACAGACAAGGUGACAAUUGAUGUUGCUAGUCCUGAAGCAGGCGUAAUCCAAAAGUUCAUAGCCAAGGAAGGGGAUACUGUAGAACCUGGCACUAAAAUUGCUGUGAUUUCAAAAUCUGGUGAUGGUGUAACUCACGUUGCUCCGUCUGAGAAGCCCGCCGAAAAAGCUACUCCUGAGAAAAAGGUGGAGCAACCAAAACAGAAAGUUGAAUCUGCUGCUGCAGAAGUAAAGAAAGCUGAGAAGCCAAAAACUGAAGCCAAGGCUUCUCCACCUCCUCCUAAAGUAACUGCCACAGAACCCAGCUUCCCAAAAGAAAGGGAAAGACGAGUUCCUAUGACAAGGCUCAGAAAACGAGUUGCCACACGCUUGAAAGAUUCUCAAAACACUUUUGCAUUGUUGACAACUUUCAAUGAAGUUGAUAUGACUAAUCUGAUGAAACUUCGUUCCGAUUACAAGGAUGCCUUUGUUGAAAAGCACGGUGUGAAGCUAGGUCUUAUGUCUGGGUUUGUAAAAGCUGCUGUUAGCGGACUCCAGAAUCAGCCCAUAAUAAAUGCUGUCAUUGAUGGUGAUGAUAUCAUUUAUAGAGACUAUAUAGACAUCAGUAUAGCUGUUGGCACGCCAAAGGGCCUUGUCGUUCCUGUUAUCCGCAAUGCUGAUAAGAUGAACUUUGCUGAGAUUGAGAAGGAGAUCAACACGUUGGCUAAGAAGGCAAGUGAUGGAAGUAUAUCAAUCGAUGAGAUGGCAGGAGGGUCAUUCACAAUAUCCAAUGGUGGUGUUUAUGGAAGCCUCUUGAGCACUCCAAUAAUCAAUCCCCUCAGGUGUGGCUCUUUGAAAUCGGCAAUUCUGGGUAUGCACUCAAUAGUCAACCCGAUGGUUGUUGGAGGUAACAUAGUUCCCAGACCUAUGAUGUAUGUUGCACUGACCUAUGACCACAGGCUGAUUGAUGGGAGAGAGGCAGUGCUCUUUUUGAGGAGAAUCAAAGAUGUGGUUGAAGAUCCACGUCGCUUGCUCCUUGAUGUAUGAAGAAUUGGUCAUUUGGGGGUUUGAUUUUAUAGAUAUUCUUAAUAUACUGCAGUUAAAAGCACACUUCGGCUAAACGAAUAAAUGUUUAGCACUUCAGUUGCGGCCAGCCACGUUUUAAUUUCAAAUGAGAAGGUUUUUUUUAGACGCUAGUUUAAGUGUGCUAAACUUGUGUUUAGUGCUUUUUAUUUUGGGCAUGAUGGAAUUUGUUGGAAUUUGUGCUAAACUUGAAGAUCCCUUAGUUGGCAGCAUUAUUUCUCAGUUUCAAAAGUUAUUGGAUAAUAAUCUCAAUGAAGCGAGUUCGCCUGUAGUUUUAACCCA